GGCUCCCGCACAUCGUCAGCUCGGUCCAGAAAUCCUGUGGCGGCCCCCCACCCGCAGCCGUCUGGAGCAGAGGCAUCUUGGCAUGAGCGGGCCAGGCUCCACGUGGCCUGCGUGUCUACGAGGGGGUCCACCCGUUUAGCAGAUGUGGCUUUUCAGGACAGCGGAGAUAGAGCUCCCCCCUCUUCAUGGCGGUCAUGGCCAGCUCGUCCCUAUCGACACGUCUAUCGACACCGCCACCCUGAGAUUUUGUCAUGGAGGCAUCGAGCGGGGAUUCGUGAGGGACCGCAUGCCAAGCUUGGUCUUCAAGUUCCGCGUCCUCUCCGCUCUGGUGGGCUUUAUGGCUUGCGGGAGCCUGGUACUUGGCGCGUGUUGGGAGCAAGGCCAGUUCCCCACUGCUGAAGAGAAUCGGACGCAAUUGUUCAUUACCACAGCUGUUUCUUGCAUAUUGGUCACGGCCACUGCCAUGUUCGCCGUUACUUUCAUCCUGGGCUGGGCCUUGGGAUCAAACUACCUGGCUCUGGAGGUCAUUGUAGUCGUGUCCGCUGUGAUUGUAGUGAUGGCACACACGUUUGCAAUGCCGUGGUACGCGGCUCGCGUGUUGGGCUUUGACCCGUCAGCACUCGGCACAUCUUUCGGACCGAUGACAGAGACCAGGAUGGUGCUCGCCAUAAAUUUGUUUGUGACCGGCACCCAUUUUGUGCUGCCGGUCCGAUUCUACGUUCUCAUAAGUGUGGAGGUUGCCAGUGUGCUGUGCUACACGGUCCCCACCUUGGCCCUGGGGGGGCCGGAGAUGGAGUAUGCGCCGCUCACUCUGAUGUUUUUGAUGUCUCUUGUCGUCAUGGCCGCUUUCGGAAAGCGCAGCCAAGAAUACCAGGAACGCACCCAGUUCGUGAGACUGAUCAGGGAGAAGAGCCUCCGGUUCCAGUCUGAGUUUGAGCUUUCCCAGCAUGUUUGGCAGCCCAGCAGUUGGAAAGCCUCGUCUGAGCAUGAGUCGCGGCCGUCAUCGACAGAGACUGCGCGCGCCUUCAUGCUGGCUAGCUGCAGCGUCCAGCAGCUCAUACCAAUUGGCGAGAAGGAGGGUUGGCUCAUCCCGUUGGACGAGUUGUCGUUUCAUAGGCCUUCCAUUGGUGAGGGCAUGUAUGGAAGGGUCUACUCUGGUCUCUGCAGGGGGCACCCCGUUGCUAUCAAGGUGCCUAAGAUGCGCCCCUAUGAGAGAAUGACCGAAGGCCAGGCCAUGCAGUUUUGCAACGAGCUGCAAAUAUUGCGAAAGCUGAGGCAUCCGAACAUUGUGUUCUUCUACGGGGCUUGCAUCGGUGAGCAGCAGUCGCAGCUUGCACUAAUCCUGGAGUUUGUGACAGGCUGCUCCCUCAGACAGUUCAUACUCUGCGAGCACCCCGCGGAGCAGCAGACCACCACGUGUGUUGUUCCUGAGCCGCCGACAGACGUGGAGCGCGCGCACGUACUCGUUGGCAUAUCGUCGGCUGUGCGAUACCUGCACACGCGAAGCCCUCGCGUGGUACACGGGGACCUGAAGUCCUCGAACGUCUUCGUGGAGCGCGCCUGCUGCCCGCGCAGGUCGCCCGCGGCGAAGCUUCUCGACUUCGGGCUCUCCAGGGCGCUGACGAGGAGCGCAAAGCCGCUGGGGGGCACCCUGCGCUGGGUGGCUCCGGAGGUCCUCAGCGGGAGCAGCCCGGACACGGCGGCCGACGUGUUCUCCUUUGGAUGCUUGACGCUCUUCGUCACUACGGGCAAGCAGCCGGGCAGCGCCAACGCCACUCGCCCUCCGCAUCGGACCAGCUUGCUGGUGGGCUCCUGGCUCGCCCGAGCCUGCGAGCAGACCAUGGCCGAGUGCUGCAGCGCCGACGCCUCCAGCAGGCCGGACAUGCAGCGGGUGCACCAGGCGGCCCAGCGUUGGCUGGAGGAGAUGCUGCUGCGUCAGGAGCAGCCAGUGGGCCCCCUCGCCGGCACCAGCGAUAAGCUCGUCUCUGGGUCACCAUCGACGAGGAAAAACGAACGCGGCAGCCCCCGUGAUUAGUCCUGCUGGUGGCUUCGCCAGGAGGAAGGCAGCUCAUGAUCGGAGCCUGCUCUUCACACAGCACCGCCGCACGCCCACGGCAACGGUGGACGGCUUGGUAUGUGACCUCCUGAUGUCCUGCAACGUCGAGGUUCCUGUCCAGGCAUGCUGUGCUUUCCACGCGGCGUUGCACGCCCUCUCGCGCACGAUCACCAGGGGCAUCGACGGCCCCUGCAAGGAGUGGAACCCGAGGGACAUCACUAGCAGACAGUGUGCUGGGUGCGGGGUGCUGCUUUGUGGGGAUUCUCUUCAUGGCGUUUCUUGCCAUUUCUGUGACCAUGUUUUAUCCGAUGUUUGGGAGACAUAUUUGCCUGGAAGCGGUUCUCUGUCAAGUAUUCCAGAGGCGGAGUUUGUCGACGAAGUAGAUUUGGAUUCGCAGGCCAGUGCAGAGACAACGUGAAGCUUGCAGAGCAGGUUUGUGUAGGUAUGCUGGUCCUUAUAUUGUUGCAGAGGGGCGUAUGACUUUUCCCCAGGACGUGGCACAGGUUCCCCACAUGUUUGCAUGCUCAUGACUCCGAGAUAUUAAUUUGACAUCUCGCGAGGCAUCCAGCGUCCAACGUCCAAUCCAAUCCCUUCCAUUCCUGGGAAGCUCCUUCAUCCCCAGUUUGAUUCAAUCCAGUGUCCUGCGCACCGCCCGGCCCAUCACUUCUUGUCUGCUUGCUUGCGAGCAUCCCGGCCUCUCCUCUCCAGAGGCCUGGCGUCAGACCGAGACUGGUGGGCUUUGGCGUUUCUUUGGCCGAGUGAGCGCCACGAGAAGAGAGUCGUACUCGCCAGCAGCGGCACGAGCCCGAGUUGCCACGGCAUGAGCCCGAGCAUCACGCGCUUCCCGACGCGCGUGGCUCGCUCUCCAGCGCUGAACCUUGCUGCAGUUGUGUCUUCCCUGGCCUUUCCAAUCUCUGUAGACAGGCUAACGCCGAUACAGCAACAUCGCCGUUAGCCCGGACUUGGAAUCUUGGUUCCUGCGGUCGAGCACCGUGCCCACCUCGCGAGAGCAGAGGAUCCCACUGGGGAUAGCAGAUGGUCCUUGCAGCUGCGCAGGGGGGCGGGAUGCGCCCCGCUCGGUUCCGAGGAGGAAGGGGGGG